AUGCCAUUUACUAGUAGUAUUAAGAACCAUGUGCGAUCACUAUAUGCAAGAGACAGUCCUUCAACUGGAAAAAGAAGUGCAAUUGAAUUUCAGCAACAUGCAUUAGAACAGUCCCACCAUAAUGAGCCAGAAAUUCAUACAGAAACUUCUAGUAAAGAUAAUAAAAAUUUAACUUUUUCACAGGCAAAAGGAAGUGCUAAUGCAGGAAACAAUAUUCCUAUUCCAGCAAUGAAGAUGAAGGAAGCAUGGCUUUGUCAUAUACCUUUAGGGUAUAGCUCUUUGCAUAAGCCUAGUGAAGAUCCCAAUUCUAUUCUUGAAGGUGAUAAUGAUGACAUUAAAGAAUCUGCAGAUGACAUUUUAGCCCCAUGA